CUGUUAAGGAAUCAACUUAAAAGAGUCGUGAAGCUCUUCUUCUUGAUUAUGCUUAUGUUGUUGAAUGUUAGCGAUGUGCUAAGUGAGAGAGUGAUGUGCUCUCUGAUGGUUAGAGCGAGAGUGAUGUGCUCACGUUUCUGAUCUUGUUACAGAGGUGAAGAGCUUGUGAUGUGCUUGCCUUCAUCUAUGGUGUGUAGUCGUUUGGUUUAUCAAUAAAGGAGAUAGAGGUUUGUUAUCAUUACGGAGUUAGCGAUAUCGUAAAUCUAUCAUUGGUGCGGUGAAACUGAGAUCGGAGCUUCAACGCGAUAAUGGACUCUGUGAUCUCUGAAGAUGAUGGUUGUAAGGAUGUACCUAUGUUCACCGGAACAGCUCCGUCGCUGUGGAUUCCAAAAGUGGAGAGGCUUUUCAAUCGUGGCCGUUACGCAGAUGAUGCGAAGCUUGAUCUUGUCUUCUUGUAUUUAGACGGAGUUGCAUUGACAUGGUUUAUGCGAGAGAUGAAUAAAGAGAAAAUCAUGGAUUGGAGUGUCUUUAAGCAGAGAUUGUUGGCUCGAUUUGCUCCGGUAAAUCAUUGUUCUCCAUCCAAGGUCGAAUUGUUUUGUGUUCAUGAACUGGUUCCAAAAGAAUCAUCCGUUCAAGAAGCAGCAGAAUCGAUUUCAGAGCUUGAAGCGGAGACAAAUGAAACAAACAUGGAGACUGAUGGUGUUGCACAACCUAAGGUAUCGAAUUCAGAAUUGGAACCUAGCCUUAAAUUCUGCAAUGAACCAUUGACUGUUUUGGGAGAAUCUGAAAUUGUGUGGAGAAAUUGGGAACAUCCACAAUCUGGUUUUGAAUGUUUAAAGAACAAGAACAGUGCACACAAGGUGUUUGAUGGAUUGUUCCUUAGAAGCCACAAACUUCAGCAAAAGAAGAAACUGGGUUUAUCUCCUAAGUCAUGGAAAUUUAAGUUCAAAAACAAGACUAUGCUGAGAAAGAGGACACAAAUGGAUCUACUUCAAGUCAUUGAAUCAAGUACUAUCAAGUCUCGAUAUCAUUGUUCUAGUGCUAACAUUGGAUUGGUGAGGAAGAGUAGAACUCAACACCCGAGACUACAUAAACAAGCUCACAUGUCACGGGUUAUGUGUAAGCUGAGGAUGUUGCAUGAUCCAAGAGGCAUAAAGCAGCUUCUGCAUGGGGAUAAGAAGCUCAUGUUCUUGUGUCAAGUGGAGACAGGGGAAGCGACAACACUCACGCUCAAGGAAGCAAAAACGGAUGCAGGCCCUGGGAUGCAAGCUGUGUCUGAGUUGAUUUUUCAAGGAUUCAAGGUCUUAACAGCGUAUCCAAAGGAGUAUGGGAAGCUUCAGUUACAAAAUAGACUAGCAAUGGAUAUUCCAGAGUAUGCAGUUAGCCUAACAAGGGUUCCUACAGUCAACACAACUUUUCAAGACCGAGAUGCAACACUCAUGACAUGGUUUAUCCAUGGCGAUGCACAGUUUCAAGUGUAUCACAAGUGGAGAAGUAAACCACUUAUAGUUGGGAGCUUGAUCUGCAUUCAGUUUGUUCAUAAGACAAAGCCUGCAACUUCUCCAAUUUCCAGAAUUCAUAAAGACAGUGUGGUUUUUCAUAUUGGAGUGGACUAUGGGGCAGGACAAGCAAUAGAGGCUAUGGUGUCUAACUUCCAAGUAAAGCAUAGAUGGAGACAUAAGGAACUGCAGCUACUGAUACUAUUGUUUCAGAUUCACCACAAGCUGGGAAUUGGGUACACGGUUGUUCUUGGGAUGGAUACGAGACAGAAAGUUCAAGUAUGGGCUCAUCUAUGGCUAGAAAGCCAGACCCGUUUAUUGAUUCAUCUCCAAGAAAUCUUGUUACACGUUUUACUGCAUCAACAACAGAAAAAGAGAAAGCUUUCUAAGACAUAUGACUGGGCAGCUGCGACACAACAAACUUUGCAAUGUAGAGAUGCCGAGGAGUACAGUGCAUUUGAUUUUUCUUGCAGCAUUCCCAAUGCAUUUAGCUCAGUACAAACCAGCAACACAACAAAAGGAGAGGACACACAUGAUUCAAACGCUGGUAGUUUCUUUUCUUUUAGAAGCUUGAGGACAAGCUUCUCCGAAAGGGGGAAGUAUUGAUACGAUUCUUCAUAAGAAAGUAAGUGAAGAAGAGGAUGACGUGGACAGAGAUAAAGAAGAGAGCAAAUACUUGGAACGAGAAAGAGGCUUGGCUGUUAAGGAAUCAACUUAAAAGAGUCGUGAAGCUCUUCUUCUUGAUUAUGCUUAUGUUGUUGAAUGUUAGCGAUGUGCUAAGUGAGAGAGUGAUGUGCUCUCUGAUGGUUAGAGCGAGAGUGAUGUGCUCACGUUUCUGAUCUUGUUACAGAGGUGAAGAGCUUGUGAUGUGCUUGCCUUCAUCUAUGGUGUGUAGUCGUUUGGUUUAUCAAUAAAGGAGAUAGAGGUUUGUUAUCA